AUGAAAGACGCAACAGAGUUGGGAUUCUCCAUGCAGAAGAUGAGUCUGUCAUCGUCUUCAUCUCAGCAGCAGCAAUCACAACAACAACAACAACAACAACAGCAGCAACAACCGCAACAACAACAGCAGCAACAACCACCACAAAACAAUCACAUCUAUGGACAUGCUGUCAAUCUCAACAAUAGUAAUAACACUACAUCUAGUGGUGGUAGUUCAGGCUUGAAGAUAUCAAGUCCGACAUCUUCGCACCAUCAUCAUCAUCACCAUCAUCAACAACACUAUCGUGAUCUCUCCGAUGACAACUACGAUGAGGAUCGCCUGCUCGAAGAGCAAACACAACAGCUGCAAAAAUCACUGGAGAUUCUGAGUGACAGCGAUGACAGUAUGCCAUUCUCUAUGAGUCUCUAUUAUCUACUCCAACAACAGCAGCAACAACAACAACCCAGAAACAAUUCGAAUUCAUUCAGUAGUAAACUCGAUCAUUUUGUACCACAUCAUCCAAUUCAAACACCAACACAACAACCGCAACAACAACAACAACAACAGCAGCAGCAGUUUAAGAAUGCAUUUUCCUAUUCACAACAGCAACAGCAUCAAACUCCACCAUUUGAUGGAUAUCAACAACAUCCAAUGCUGAACCAUUUUAAUGCACAACAACAACAACAACAACAACCUAUAUCUUCAUUGAUGAAGUCCUCAAGUCAGUGGGAACCACAGUUUAAUAAUAAUCAACAAUCGAAUAUAUUCAAGUCUUAUGACACCAACGAUUAUUUCCAAUCACAGUUCUCUUCACUGUCUUCAAACGUUGCACAGGUCCCAUCCUCACCAGAGUUUACGGGCCAAUAUUUAUAUCAACAACAACAGCAACCAAAGAAAGAUAAUACAUUCAAAUCGAUGGGAGAUCAGUGGAAUAAUAGUAGCUAUGGUUUUCAACAAAAGCCACAACAACAACAGCAACAACAACAACAACAAUUCUACCAAUCUCCACUGCUACAAAACUUUGGAGGAAAUCCAAUUACCCAAGAUCUGCUACAACAGAUAUCGGUGUCUACCAAACCAUCGAGUCAAAACUCAGUAGUACAACAGUCAUCCGAUUUGAAAAACCAUAGACCCUUCAAUCCUUUGGUUGCUCCAUUCCAACCAACAACAAAAUCCUCAAAUUUUGUUAGUAGCAACAGUAAUAGUAAAUCGUCCAAUCCCAUGCCUAUUUACCAACAACACCAACAGCAACAAUCACACUCAAAUCAAUACCAUCAAUCACACCAAUAUCAACAACAACCGAUAUAUUCACAACAACAACAACAACAACAACAACAACAUCAUCAUCAACAACAAAAUCAAAAUCAAAAUCAACACCAACAACAAAACCAAAACCAACUACUACAAAUGCAAAAAUAUCUACAACAACAGCAACAACAACAACAUCAUCAACAAAAUCAUCAACAAAAUCACCACCAUCAACAUCAACAUACUCAACAACAUCAUCAACAACAACAAUAUCAUCAAAAUGAAUCAUAUGAUGGUGGUGCAUAUUCACCGACAAACGAUCAUUCCGAUGCCGAGGUUGAAAUGGUAAACAGUCAUCACACUAACAAACCAACCGAUAAUAAGCGAGGUGAAAUGGUUGAGAGUCCAGUUUCUCGUCAACAAUAUAAACAUUUCAUUAAGCAAUUUAAAUUGAAAGAAAAAGAGGGUCUUGAGGUAGCAAUGGCAUUUGCUUCGCACUCACUUGCCACUCUUUCCGAAAAAGUUCACUGGCGUGUCUAUCUGGAGCUUGCUGAUUUGGCCAAUCGUCAAAGUAAUCUAAAGUUGGCCAGAAAGUUCUAUCGUAUUGUCACCAAGACACAGCCCUAUAUAAGUCAAGGUUGGCUUGAAUACGCCAAGAUGGAGGAGGACUACGGUCGCCUGGAAAAGUGCCAGCAGAUCCUCCAGCUCGGCCUCAAAUACUGCCCGUUCAACGAGAAUCUCUUGAUCAAAGGCAUCCGUCACGAAGAGAAGAUGGAUAAUCUCGAAGGUGCCCGUGCCCUUCUCUCUCAACUACGUGAUCAAUCGAUAUUCAAGACAUGGCGUGCCGUUAUGGAAGGUGGUUUGCUCGAGGCGCGUGCAGGCAACAUUGAAAUUGCCCGAAAGAUCUUCAAGUACCUCAUGAAGCAUGUACCAUGGUACGGUCCAAUCUAUCAGGAGGCCUACAAGCUAGAGGAGCGUUGCGAAGAGUAUGAACGCGCCAUUGCUAUCGUAGAGAAGGGACUCAUGGAGGAUCCAAAGUAUGGUCCACUCUGGUUCAGUGCUCUACGCCUCUACGAGAAGACAUCUCACGGAUUCCUUCAGUCCACAAGAAAUACUGUGGAGCGUGCUCGUCAGGCCGUUUCCAGAGAAGUCACCUGGAAGAUCUACUUUGAGGCCGCUCAAAUCGAGGAGCGCUCAAGAAAUCUCAGUUUGAGUCGUGCCGCCUACGUUAAGAGUGUCGAGCUGUGUCCAGAGAAUCUGUUGUGGAAAGUAUGGCUAGGUGGUAGCCGAACCGAACUAAAUGCCGACAACAUCAACAUUGCCAGAAAGUUGGUGUUUAGAGCACUUCAAGAGGUUCCCGCCAAGCUAAAGUCUUUGGUACUGCUCGAGUAUUCGCGUCUCGAAGAGUAUGCCGGUAACAUUAACAAGUCCCGUCGUAUCCUAAAGAUGGCCCACGAGGAAGCCAGACUAGACUGGAAGGUCUUCUUGGAGAGUGUACUGUUAGAGAUGCGUGCCAACAACUACGAAGCAGCCAUUCAGGAGGCCAAAGAAUCUCUCAAGAUCCACAGUGGUGCCGGUCGUCUUUGGGCUGCGCUAAUUCAAUUGAAUCAACUCAAGGGAAUUAGUUCACAGCUCAAAGUAUUCCGUAAAGCACUCCAGUUUGUACCAAAGUCCGGUGAGGUCUGGUGCGAAGGUGCCAGAAUUGCACUGAACAACAACAAUUUGGCUGAGGCCAGAAAGUUCUUAGAGUUUGCUAUUCAAUUCACUCCCCAAUUUGGUGACUCUUUUAUCGAAUUACUUAGACUAGAGAUCAUGGAAAAGGGAUUCAACUGUGAUAUCUCAAAGCUUGAACAGUUGUGUAUAAAUGCCGAUCCAAAUUAUGGAUUUAUGUGGCUGCAUUGCACAGUUUCUGUUUUGGAUAGCCCAAGACAGGUAUUGAGAAAUGCCAAGAAACUAUUAAUCGAAAUGUCACCAAAGAAUCGUGAUGAGUACGAACAAACCAAAGACCCCAAAUAUGGUAGCUGUUGGGUUGGAGCCAAUGGCGUACUAUCGUUGAACCGAGUCUUUAGAAACGAUUUCAACAAGAUGACAAACGAAGAAAGAAGAAAAUGUAUGUUUGGUUCUGAUCAAGUUAAGCCUUAG